GCUCAAGGUUCAAGACCCAGCAGUUGUCACAGAUAACGCAGAAUGACGGACAAAGAAGAUUUACAGUUGACCACUGUCUCGUAUGGGAAUGAACAAGGUGUGAACAAUCCAGCAUCUGUGAAGGAGGAUAAAUUAACAGAUGACCUGAGUGACAGCGACAAAGAGGAGUCCGAGAAGGAGUCAAAAUCAUACCUAAGCAAAGCGUGCAUACCCAUUACUGCCACUGAGACCUUUAGCAAGAAACACUCCAAAAUAAUCAAAUACAUUGCUUUGGGGAUACUUGCUGCAGGUUAUUUGGCAUACUUCAUUGCUGCUUGUUAUUUAAACUUCCGAAGAGCAAUUGCUUUGGUUGUCCUCACUUGUCUGUGCGUGUUUAUCAUCGCGUGUGAAUUGGUGAAUAAGUUCAAGAGUGACAGCAUAAGGAGGUUCUUCAAGCCUGUGCAAAGGUGUUUCAAAUCCAAUAUCAGAUGGAUAAAAUGGGUGUUCAUUGUAAUUGUGGUAGGACUGCUGGUGGCAUGGCUGGCAAUCGAUACACGAAAGCGCCCAGAGCAGCUCAUCUCUUUUGGUGGUGUCUGUCUGUUCAUUAUUGCUAUAUUUCUCUUCUCUGCACACAGAACCGCAGUCAACUGGAGGACAGUCUUCUGGGGACUCGGUUUACAGUUUGCAAUUGGCUUGUUUGUCAUUAGGACAGAGCCUGGUCUUAUAGCAUUUGAAUGGCUUGGAAAGCAAGUUCAGAUAUUUCUGGAUUACCCAAAAGCUGGUUCAUCAUUUGUGUUUGGAGACCUCAAUGACAACAUAUUUGCUUUCCAGACUCUGCCUAUAGUGGUGUUCUUCAGCAGUGUAAUGUCAGUGCUGUACUACAUGGGUGUGAUGCAAUGGAUCAUCACAAAGAUUUCCUGGGUAAUGCAGGUAACGAUGGGAACCUCAUCUACAGAGACUCUCAGUGUGGCAGGGAACAUAUUUGUUGGUCAUACAGAGGCACCACUCUUGAUUCGUCCUUAUUUAAAGGACAUGACUAAAUCUGAGAUUCAUUCUGUGAUGACUGGAGGAUUUGCCACCAUUGCAGGAAGUGUUAUGGGUGCAUUCAUCUCAUUUGGGAUUGAUGCCUCGUCUCUGAUUUCUGCAUCAGUGAUGGCUGCUCCAUGUGCUUUAGCCAUCUCCAAAUUGUCCUACCCUGAAACUGAAAAGAACAAGUUCACAUCUGAGAGUCAGAUUAAAGUUGAUGGCGGUGGUGAACAGAGUGUCUUGGAAGCUGUCAGUGGUGGUGCCUCUGCAUCAAUAGGACUUGUGGCCAACAUUGCUGCUAACUUGAUAGCUUUUCUUGCCAUUUUGGACUUCAUAAAUGCUACUCUGAGAUGGUUGGGAGGCAUGGUGGGAUACCCAUAUGUCACUUUUGAGUUGAUCUGCUCUUACGUGUUUAUGCCGGUGACCUUCAUGAUGGGAAUUCCAUACGAGGAGUCUUUUACAGUGGCUGAACUUAUUGGCACUAAACUCUUCCUCAAUGAGUUUAUAGCCUAUGAGAAGCUGUCAGUGCUCAAAAACAACAGACUUAAUGGCAUUUUAGAAGAUGGUGUAGAUAAAAAUUGGCUCUCAAUUCGAUCAGAAAUCAUCUGCACCUAUGCACUGUGUGGCUUUGCUAAUUUCAGCUCUCUUGGUAUUAUGAUUGGAGGCCUGUCCUCUAUUUGUCCACAAAAGAAGAGUGUCAUAUCUACUUUAGUGCUCAGAGCCUUGUUCACAGGCACAUGUGUUUCCCUGGUCAAUGCCUGUGUUGCUGGUAUACUUUUCGUUCCUCCGUUGGACUGUGUGGAUCUGUUUCAAAAUGCAGACUUCAAUAAUACUAUACCUAACAUUGAAACUUGCUGUCAUGAUCUUUUCAAAAGCACUAUCAACAAUGGAACAAUUUCUUUCGAGGGCUCCUGGAGUGAAGUGAAAAAUGCAACAAUUUAUUUUGCAAACUGUUGUGGUCUCUGUCAGGAAACCUGUUUGUCUGAAGUUUGUCCAAUGGGUAACGAUACAACAAUGCAGAAAACACCUUUGAGAUAAAUAUUUUGACAUUAUUAAAUUCACACAUUUUGUAAGUUAAUAUGAUAUGUAUCUGCAAAGUAUGUUUGAUUUUAUUUGGUCAUACAGCCAUUCAUACAUAAUUUCUUUAUAGAUGUAACAGUGUGUUAUUAUAAUGCAUGUGCAAGUAUUUUUAUGUUCUGUAAAUGCUGUAAAAAUUUUAUCAAAUUGGUGUUCUUCUAUCUUAUGUAAAUAUUAUAAUCAUUUUUGUAAUUUACAUCCAGUGAUGUGCUUUAUAUCAAGACAUGCUCUGCAGUGUUUCAUUCAGGAGAAAAGCAUAACCAAAUUAGGCCAUAGGGCUCUUUGGUGAGGCAUGCAGUUUUUAAGAUAUGAAGCAAUGGACUUAGUCUUUAGAUGGUAAAAUUCAAGUUUCUGUUUCCCUUUACACAUUUAUUUUACAAAAAAUUAACACAACACAACAAAUACUACAAACAUACUGUAUACCGCUAAUCUUUUCUCUCUAAUCUACUGUACAUUACAAUCCAUAUCAUUUUUAUAAUAUAAACCACUAAACAGACCAUAGUAUGCCCUAUCUUAUCAUGCCUGACCACUAUCUGUGAUAACCCUUCAUAUACUUUCAUAUACAAUGUAUGUAUAUUAUAAAUCUAAACAAGUACUCCAUGUAUAUUUUCUAAAUUAGUUUAGCAUGAGCCUUUUAUAGUGGUUACUUAAAAUUUUGAAUGGGGUAAAAGGUUUAGAUAGCUACAUUUAUUCAUUUAUUUGAGUUAUUUGCAUUUAACAUUCAUUUCAAAAUACGAAAACCUGUAAACAAUAAGCAUUCAAACGUUUGGGGUAAGUCAGAACUAUGAAUGUUUUGAAAGUAGUCUCUUAUGCUCACAAAGGCUUUAUUUAAUAAAAAAAAUACAGUAAAAACA